CUACUAUAGUCAUCGCACUCGCCAUACUAACACCGUUAAUCUAUACUGACGUGUGCCACGAUGGACUACGUAACGCUCACCCUCGCCGUAUGUAUCUUUGUUGGCUGUCGAGUCGCUGAAGGAACAAGAAAGGGAAAUACCACAUCUUGUCCAAAGCGUAAUAGCCCAAAGAACCGGACGCCUACAAAGUACACGCUUUAUGAUAGAACCUUCACAGGGAUCGGAGAUGGAAAGAUUCAAGAUUUCCAAAAGAAGCCGUGGCCGCAAACCUUUCAAGAUUUUUGGAAAAACGACGUCGGUAUCUCUCGCGAAGAAGAAAUAAGACGAGGUAGAGCAUUCGUAAGUUUUAUGAAAUACGUGUCGGGUUUAGACGUAAGUGAGCUGACUGAUGACCAGAUUGCUAACGGUGAUAAAGUUGAUUUCGGGGACUUUGUGUUCGACGCAUUUUUCAUCGACUCUGAGGUCAGGCUUCUUACUGAAACGUCACAAACUCGUGCUAAAUUCUUCAGGAACUCCCCAAUCAAAAUCGGAGGCUUUAAUAUUAUUUUCAAGAAAGAAGUCCCUUCUACUGGUAAAUGGGCUAUGACCUUUCCUGUAAACGCCUCGAUUUUCAUCGCGACACUAGUAGUCAACGGGUACGACGAAUGUGGACUCAGCGAGGAGCCAGAUAUACUUACCUAUGUUCCCCUCAUACCAUACGUUGUCGAAGAUGGCCUAUGUCGACUAUACUGCGAGGUGUAUUCCAAGAAGUACGGAAUUGGAAUAAUGCAUGGCCUUGAAUCGUUAAUGCCAAAGUCCUCGCCAACGUCUUACCAAAUGGCCGCAACGACCCGUUUUCCAGUUAAAGAACAAAUUUAUGAUUUGAGGAAAAUUACGAACAUGCCCCUCGAUUUCCUCCCCUAGUUAUACUGUAAAAAAGUUUAGUCACACGUUUUAUGAGAACUUAUACAUGAACACGUAGAAUUAUGGUAUUGGGCAUUCGGGCCUCGGUCCAAUAUUUCACUAUAUUGCCCUUCGAAAUGACGUUAUUGUACCAGUAGUUCUCCGUUUGUAUUAAUUUUCCCGAUUGGGUAUCAGCGUAAUAAAGAAGAACGUUGUAACAUGGUUAAGACGAUUGCAGUUUAAUCCAAAGGUUAGGCAUUCAUAUUUAAUAUUUGGCGUUCACAUACAAGUUCUCUUAAAAUGUUACUGACUUGACUUUCUUUAAAUAAAAU